GUAAUUGCCGCCUUUCUUCGAAAACACACAGAAAAUAUUAUACACUAGAGACUUACAACAAUAAAACAGGCGAUUGCAGAAACAAAAGUCUGAAUUCGACAUGGCAUUAUCCGAGAACAAGCAAAAGAUGCUGCGCGGUGAGCUAUAUCACGCGUUCACGCCGGAACUCGUAGCCGAGAGGUCUCGCUGCAGGCAUGCAUGUAGUCGUUAUAACAACGCGGGUGACGUUCCUCGACGCAAACUCACUUCACUGCUCCGGGAAAUCAUGUGCGAUGAGACCCCUCUUUCACCCGAAGCCACAACUUCUGAGGAGGACGACAAGCUCUUCGAAGAUGACCCUUGGAUCGAACCACCAGUAGCAAUGGAUUAUGGUUACAAUGUCAAGAUUGGGAAAAAUGUCUUCAUCAAUUUUCAUGCCGUUUUUCUUGAUACCUGCACCAUCACAGUGGGUAGUCGCACGCUCGUGGGCCCCAAUGUGAGUUUCUACUCUGCAACACACCCACUCGAUCCCUUGACAAGGAACGGCACUCAGGGUCCAGAGUUAGGCAAAGAAAUUCAUAUCGGUGAAGAUUGCUGGAUUGGUGGUAACGUAGUGAUUCUGCCCGGUGUCAACAUUGGCAGAGGCAGUGCAGUUGGUGCUGGGAGCGUAGUAACAAAGAGUGUUCCCGAAUUCACCGUCGUGGCAGGCAAUCCUGCCAGAAUCAUUCGUAAGAUUGAGACUGCUAUGGAUGUAGACGCUGGUCCCGAGACGAAGUAAUGGACCGAACACGCACGACGGAGCAAAUUUCUGAUCUCGGUGAAAUACAGUCUAGCAGCACAGAUUGAAGAUUGAGGAUGUUAUUCAUUGACUCUGCAUGGCCGGUAUCAGCUGUGUUUGUUUUGCAGUCUUGAAUCUCCCAGGGGUAGUGUCGCAUUUGUAUACGCCGUAUACGCAAAGUAGCAAUACACUAACAGUCGCAAUGGGGUCCCUCUGUCGACUGAUUCUCCAUUCGUAACCGAAAACAGAAUAUCGCAAACGAACACCUCUGGUAUGUUUCACCACAAUGAGAAGAUGUAGCUUGCCGGC